GUCGCGGCCGCUCCGCCAUGCUGCAGCUGCGGGACGCGGAGGAGGGCGGCCCGGCCGGCAGCCCCGGCAGCCCCGGGGCGGCGACGCUGGUGCCGGGGGAGGCCGGGCCGCCCUUCGAGGCGCCCGGCGCGGCCCCGGCGCGGCAGAGGCUGCGGCCGCUGCCCGUGCGCACCGCCACCCGCGCGGGCCGCCUGCGCGAGUACUUCGUGUUCCGGCCCGGCACCAUAGAGCAAGCGGUCAGCGAGAUCCGCGCCGUCGUGAUGCCCACGGAGGACGGGGAGGUGCAGAGCGUCUGGCUGCUCACCGAGAUUGAUCACUGGAACAACGAGAAGGAGCGUCUGGUACUUAUCACAGACUGGUCCCUCCUGGUCUGCAAGUACAACUUCAUCAGCCUGCAGUGCCAGCACGUGACGAGGAUAGCCCUCGGUGCCAUCGAUACCAUCUCUGUAGGAGAGUUUGAGUUCCCACCUAAAUCUCUGAACAAGAGAGACGGCGUCGGGAUCCGAAUCCAGUGGGACAAGCAGAGUCGUGCCUCCUUCAUCAACAGAUGGAACCCCUGGUCCACCAACAUCCCCUACGUCACCUUCACCGAGCACCCGAUGGCGGAUGCUGAUGAGAAGGUCGCAUCCCUUUGCCUGUUGGAGAACUUUAAGACUCAGCUAAUUCAAGCUGUGAAGAAAGCCCAUAAGGAGUGUCCAUUGCCAGGAAGGGCGAGCGGCGUGCUCGUGCUGGAGCGUCCGCUGCUGAUCGAGACCUACCUGGGCUUGAUGUCCUUCAUCAACAACGAGGCCAAACUUGGCUACUCCAUGACAAGAGGCAAAAUUGGAUUUUAAAAUGCAUUGCAUUGAAUCUUUUCAAGGGAAAGUGAUUCGAGAUUGGUCUCCUGGGGAGAGCACACCUCUGCGGCAGAACACGUGAUAAUCAAAGCCAAGACGCCGGGGGAACCAAAGCGGGUGGCUGUAGCUCUGCUGGUUCACAGGAGGUCCUGCUUGUUGUGGUUUGGUCAGAAUAACCUGAAGCAGACCCAAGGCAGUGUCAUUCUUGUAUUUUGUAUCUAAUUUACAGUUGCUGGUUGUCAUUCAGGGCUAGAGCAGUGGUAUUUUCCAUCUCCACUCCCUGUUCUUCCCUGUGAAUUAAGUGAUUGCUGUCUGCAACACUCCCCUCAACCACCCCAGAUACCACAGACUGCUCCUGCCCUCUUAGUUGUGUCCCUAUAUAGUGUCAAGUCACGUGGUGUGCUUGGGAUGAUUUGUUUCCUUUCAAGAGGUGUUCAUAUCCAGUAAUCUUUGCAUUCUGAUUAACGCCUGUUAAGAGUUUUGAAAGCUGUGUCAGUUGCUCUUCAGCAAAACCAAGGCAGCAGGUUGUUACAGCUGUGCUGUUACAUCUGGCCAGCAGCAGUGCAUGUGCCCUGUCACUUUGUGAACUGAGGUAUAUGGCUGAAGAUGCAUUUCUUAGCUUUUUGUAAAACUAUCUCCUUGUGAGAACAAAGUUUUAACUUCACUUCUGACAUGUUUUUCUUGUUGCAGCCAUAGAGUAAGGACUGGUGUGACAGAAUAUUGCCAAAAGCCUCAAACAUUUGCCUUCAAAGCUAUUAUUUAUAAGUGAGGAGCAUUUUUUGAUUAGUUUUAUAUUCUUAGAAGUUUUUUUUAAACCUCUCUAGUUUGGGAGGGCAGCAGUGCAGGACUUUAAGGGAGAGAGGUAAAACUUUAAGCACUGUGUAUGAAUCUUGAUUUAUCCAUUCUUGCACUUAAUUUCAUUCCUGGACAUUGAGUGUCUCCUACGCUGCUUCUGAACCUCACAACAGGGAGAUGGCUCAGGAGGUUACCUGAGCUUUUUCCUGGUGUAUGACUUCCUGUACAUGCCUUUUUGAUCAGAGCAUUUAUCUGCACAGCUGCAGUGCUGAGGAAAUGCUGUGCUGCAGUGGUGGGGUUUUGAACUUAAAGUAGGUGUGUGUGUUUACAAAGCCUAUGUAAAGCUGAAGCCCUGAUGGAAUGCAACCAGCUGCAUGCCCCCUCCAUGCAUUUUCUAAGAUAUCUAUUUAAUUUUCAUUAAUCUUGCAGUAAAGUUAAUUUCAACUCCA